AUGCAAGUGAAUGAGAUGGAUGAGUCACCUGCAUCCAACAACUCGAGUUUGGACUCGUCACCUUUGACAGAGGUAGUAUACUCUAAUCACAAUCCACCAAAGACUCUACUUCACAUACCCUACGCCCUAUCUGAAUCAAUGACCCAGUUGAUAUCCGAGUCAACGAUGGUACCAAACAAUGACAACAACAACAACAACAACAGCAACAGUAGUAGUGGCAACAGUAGUAAUUGCAACAACAAAAGAAAUAACAAUGGCAAGAACAGAGGCAGUGUGAGCGAUAGUAUCAUCGGAAGAACAAAGGAUCAUCAACAUGUAUCGCCAAUGUCUUUGACUCAUUCAUUGUCUGACAAUAUCAACAACAAUCACAAGGACGCUUCACCAAACACAUCAUCAACAUCACCAUCAACUUCAUCAUCAUCUACAACAUCAACAUGUACAGAGGAAGGUAUACAUAGCCUUGAGGCAUCGCCAAUGAAGGAAAGCGAGAAGGAUCAUCAAAUAGUACCAAACAAUGAACAGUUCUCUUUGGAUCAUAUGAAUCAUGUCCUACCAUCUAUAUCACCUCUAGUCUACUCUCCCCGACUCUCAUCCGAUCUACUCAAGACCAUCUCUGCAUCAUCGCCCUGCGUCAACACUGGCGCCAACACAACAGUCAACGAUGAAGAGCUCGAACAGAUAAGCAUCAACAACAUCAAUAUCAUCAACAACAUCAACAACAAUAACAAUAACAGCAAUAUAGAGAACACUGUUAGUGCUAGUGGGAGCAGUAGUAGUAGAGCAGAGACACCCAAGUUGAGGAACAGAUACCGACUGACACCAACACAGGUAUAUGAUACAUUCCGAUUCUUUAUCUGGUGCAUAUCAUUGGCAUUCCUCAACGUCAUUGACUCAUCGAUGGUCUAUCAUCACAUUCGUGGACAGGCCGUCAUCAAACUGUACAUCAUAUUCAAUGUGCUCGAAGUGUUGGACAAGCUAUGCUGCUCAUUUGGUCAAGACAUCUUUGACUCACUGUAUUGGAUGUCGGUCAGUUUGACGAGUCCGCUACCCGCCGCACCAUCAUCGACCACAGGUGGCACGCCCGCCAAGAUUGCAAAGAUUACACCAUUUGGAAAGGUGAUGCCUGAUCGAAGGAUGCUGGCACCCUUCACUCACACUCUGGUGUGCACUGGCUAUGUGUGCGUACACUCACUUGUCCUAUUCACACAAGUGAUCACACUCAAUGUCGCCAUCAACUCUUACAACAACUCAUUGCUCACCUUAAUAAUGUCCAACAACUUUGUCGAGCUCAAAGGAUCAGUCUUCAAGAGAUUCGAGAAGGAGAACCUGUUCCAGAUAUCGUGUAGCGAUAUUGUGGAACGAUUCCAGAUAUUCAUUUACUUGGCGAUCAUAUUCUUCCAGAACUUGAGCGACUUGAGUUGGGACUUGAAUGAGGACUUUGUUCUAAAUAUGAUGGUGGUUGUGGCCUCGGUGUGGGGCGCAGAGAUGUUGGUCGAUGCCAUCAAACAUGCGUUCAUCACCAAGUUCAACAAGAUCCCGCCAAACAUAUAUAGCAAGUUCUUUAACAUUCUGAUGGAGACGAUACUUGACUCAAGAAGUCGAUCAUUCACCGAGAGCUCUUGGGGCAUUACUAGCAUCGUUGGAUUCAUCCCAUUCCCGCUGGCAACUGUGAUUGUGCGAAUAUUCAGUCGACUCAUCCCAGUGUCUGGAGUAUCCGUCUUGUUUGGCGGCGUGCUACUGGUACUCAUAUACCUAUGCCUCGUAUGUCUCAAGAUCCUGAUCAAGUUGAUCAUCCUAAGUGAGUGUCUACGCUAUCAAAACAGUCGGAAGGCUAGUGCAGUCGCGCCCGUCUCCACAUCCACAGUCACGCCCUCACCAUCCAUCACUGGAAUUGUCAAGAAGAUCAAU